CACAACAACAUAUACAAACACACGCUUCACACCCGAACAAGGACUUCUCCAUGUUUAAUUGCAUACCAAGUAGAGCCAUACGCAGAGAAAGAGAGAGAGAGAGAGAGGGAGAUAUAGAGUAGAGAUCAUCAAGGGAGGAGGAGAUUCACUAUCCUCUCCUCCUUCUCCUUCUCCUUCUCUUUUUCCAUUGCCUUUCCCAUUCUCAUCCUUUGAUUAUCCUUCCCAAAUUUCCCAAAUAAUCCUCUUUCAAUUCAUCUUCUUGAAUUUAUGAUGCUGGACCUCCAUCAUUGGCCGAUCAUCUCUCAUCAAAACAACUUUUUGGGGCUUGAAGGACCCUUUUGUGGAUCUGCAUUGCUGAUCAGUGCUGUUGUUCUGUAAUCUGAACAAGUUUCAUGGAUAUGGAAGGAAGAAGAGCAACAGAACAAGAGUAUGAUGAGCUUGAGAUGCUUCUUGGUGAAAUUCCAAAUGUUACUCUUGCUAAUCCUCACUUUGUAGACCAUGCCAUCACUGACAUUUUGCCCAAGUUGGGAGCAUUGUCUGUAGAGGAGGAAGAAGAAAGAUCCUCACCCUCGAGAAAAUUUACCAAGUCAUACAACUCUCCUCAAGCUUCAAUUCAUGGAGGCUACAAAGCCUUGAAUGGUAGCUUGAGCCAAACAUUUGAUCAGCAUCCACAAAGCAAUGGAAAUUUCAGUUUGAAAACAUCAAUGGUGAACACUGAAAAAAUUCCUUCAGAUUUGCCGGAUAACUGGCAUCAGGCAUCAGCAUUUUUUGGCAACGCUUUUUUAUUCGAUGAGGGGAAUACCCUUUUUAAUAAGUUAUCAUCGUCGGCUGUUGAUCAUUCACCAGUGUCAUCACUAGCCUCUCCAAUUGGAAGUAUGGGAGUGCCUAAUUGUUCAAUCCCGAAUACUAUGAUAAAUGGAGUUCAUGUGUCCUGUCCUGAAUUAGAAUCACACCUUGCAUUAACUAGGAUAAAUGGAAUCAACAAGUAUGUCUCGAGGAUGGAUGUUCAAAAUGAGUCUGAGUUCCUUAAGAAGAAAAGGCAAGAGGUUCUGCAAAAUAACUGGCAAGAGCAGCAGCGGAGUAUUCAAGUGAAUUCCAGAUUUAUGCCUCUAAAUGCUGAAACUAAUGCCGCUCUUGAAUUGCUUCCUGGUGUUCCUUUUCCUGGAAUGGAGUUGACAGCGUCUGCAUUCCAGCAACAAUACUGUUUUGAUGUGCAUUCCACAGCUUGUGUGCCAUCACAUGACAGUGCCUGGCAAAAUAUUGAGGGAGGAGGGCAUUAUAAUAUGCAUCAACAGUUCUUUUACCCACCAUGUCUUCACAAGCAAGGAUUCCCAAAUGGAACAUUUUCGGGAAUUAGGUCUGUUGGGAGCACAACCGAACCAUACAUUAAGCUUCCGGAUUCCCACCAGAUCCAACAUUUCAACGGAAAUUUGUAUUGGAAUGAUUAUCUUCUCUACAAAAGGCACAAUGAGCCCGAGUUUCCAGCAAUUGGCGGUGGCGUUUAUCAAUGCAAUCCUUAUGUCCAGAAACAAACAUCUACCAACGAGCAAACCUUUUUGGCUAAAGAUGACAAUGAUCAUCUUUUUAUGGACAGGAAGCUAGUUUCCCCCAUAAAGAUUUUGACGAGAUCAGAUGGAAUGAACUCAUUGAGACCUAGUCAAUCAAGGUCUGCUAGAGUUAAUCAAUCGAAAUCAACUGUUGACAGGGAUGGAGAUAUGCAUUCUAAUGGUCAAGUUGAACAACCCCUUGCUUUUAGUAAUGGAUUAUGGAUGGAUGGUCUGAAUUGUCAAAGCUUAUCACCUAGCAAUCAUGAUUUUACAAUUUCUCCAAAGUCUCCACAAGUUAAAUAUAAUUCCAUUGAUGAUGUCCUGGGAGGAAUCUACUCUAUGGCAAAGGAUCAGAUUGGUUGCCGUUUCCUACAGAAGAAAUUUGCAGAAGGUGCUCCUGAAGAUAUUGAGAGGAUUUUUGUUGAGAUUAUUGGUCACAUUGUUGAACUCAUGACUGAUCCAUUUGGGAAUUAUCUUGUUCAAAAGCUUCUUGAAGUAUGCGAUGAGGGUCAAAGAAUGUGCAUACUCAAUAUAGUAACCAGAAAGCCUGGGGAACUCUUUAGAAUCUCGUGUGAUAUGCAUGGAACCAGAGCUGUACAGAAGGUAAUCGAGACUCUUCAAAAUGCAGAUCAAUAUUCAAUGGUUGUUGCUUCUCUGAAGCCGCGUGUAGUGGCAUUGUUAAAGAACAUAAAUGGCAAUCAUGUGGCCCAACGAUGUUUGCAAUAUCUUCCGGCUGAAUACAAUGAGUUCCUCUUUGAUGCUGCGGUUGCUCAUUGUGUCGAGCUUGCAACCGACCGUCAAGGCUGUUGUGUCCUUCAAAAGUGUCUCUAUCAUUCCGAUGGUGACCGGAAGGCCAGGCUGAUGUCUGAGAUCGCAUCUAAUUCUCUCUUUCUUUCUCAAGAUCAAUAUGGGAACUAUGUGGUGCAGUUUAUACUUGAUCAAAAGGUUCCAUGGGCAACAUCCAUGAUACUUGACCGACUAGAGGGAAACUACGCCGACCUUUCCAUGCAAAAAUGUAGUAGUAAUGUUGUCGAGAAAUGUCUAAGACUUGCAGGAGAGGAACACUGUGUUAGAAUUGUUCAGGAACUGAUGAACAGCUCUAUGUUACUGCAAAUCCUCCAAGACCCCUUUGGUAAUUAUGUGAUCCAAUCUGCUCUUAAGGAAUGCAAGACUGCUUUUCGGGCUUCCUUCGUGGAGGUUAUCAAGCCGCAUAUUCCUGCAUUGCGGAACAGCCCUUAUGGAAGGAAAGUCCUGUCCAGCAUCUGCCUGAAAAAAUAGAUAAUGGAUGUCGUUUCGUGGAACAAUUAGCUGGUUGUUUACCCAAAUUUUGGCAGAAUUUCAGGUUUUUCAGCUUCCAUAUUUUGUCGGUGAUUUUCUUCUUUCUGGAAGAGCAAAGUUGAACUUGGCAUUUGUCCCUGUUCAAAUAAAUCUUCAUCUGAUGUCAAUGUUCAUUUUGAAGCUGGAUUUUGGUUGGAGGCCAGAGAUUUGUAGAUUUCUGUAACAAUAAAGAGUUAGAAGUGCAAAUAUAACAUUGACACCUAUAAAUUGUGAAAGUUUGGGUGUACAGUGCAUAUGUUUAAACAUCUUGUUCAUCCUUGUCUUGAAUUCUCAGUGUCUUUGUAUACUUUCUUGUAAGACUCUUCUCUUUACAUGGAAUCUUGAAAGGAGAGUUUAUA